AUGAAGCUCAAAACAAUCCCGCUUCAAAUAUUCCUCCUAUUUCUGCCCGCCAUGGCGUUCAACGAGAUGGGCUCCUACAAAAACCCAAACCCCCGGCCCUACGACAAUUGCGACGCCAAAGACCUCAUUCAGUUGUCGUCGUGUUGUAACGACCUUCUCUCCAAUUUGGACGACUGCAAGGCGAACGAUUUGGCCUGUGAGUGUUGCGCUCUUCAGAACAUGGACCGCCUCUGCUACAAUUUGUGUCCCGGCAAUCCGUCGGCCAACUUUCUUUCUGUGCUCUUGGAUGAUUGUGCUCCUCUCAACGACGUCAAUGCCUGCAACAUUCCUUUCAAGAAAGUGGACGGCGAACGGCAGCAAAACUACAGACAGCGCACCGGAGACUCGGCGCCCCUCCAGCCUCCCUCGGCAAACUUUGUCUCCAUUCUCUCAAAGGCAAAGCCUCCCCAAGACGAGCGCCAGGAACAACCAGUCAAACCUAAGCCCAAGCUCAGAUUAAUCAAGUCGAACAUGACGCUCGAGCAAUUGAGCAGCGGCGCCCGGCGCCGUUGGGAAGACCUCGCGGAGAAAGUGGUGUUCACGCUGCGCUUCGUUUGUUUCUUACUCCUAUUUGUGUUGUGA